AUGCGGUUAUUGCUGGUGUUAGGAUUCGUAUCCUUAGCCCUCGCUCAGAACGAAGAUGAUAGUGCCCUUCAUUUCUCCAAUGAACAGAACGGAAGGGCUGUCUGGAUUAUUGAUGAUACGAAUUUACCUUGGGCUGGUAGUUAUGACUAUAUUAGUACCGUCAAAGCGAUGCCUGAAACUGUUCUCAUGACCAUAGUAGAUAGCUCAACUGGAAAUAUUCUCGGUGAAUGUAAAACUGAUGAACAUGGCAAAUGGACAAGGUUUCAAUGGGUACUUGAAGCCAACUCUUUACAUUGUAUUGUUUCUGCAACUAAUGCUUCACGAGUUGAGUUCCCACCAUCUCAAGCUCCCAGAACUUUCUCAGUCAGAAUUCAAGCAGCCAUUGGACCUUCUUGUGUUCGAGAUUUAGUGGUUCAAAACGAGAGACCCUCUGGAUGUCCUCCUCGUUUGUCUAACAAUUCAUUCUCAUCACUUCACCUCCAGUGUGGAUGCCCAUUGGAGAACAGUAGUGCGGAAGAUGCAGAGCCAAGUGGUCCACAGUUCCCUAUUUUCGAUUUGAAUCUAUCUCCAACAACUUCUGAAGCAACAACAGAAUUUUCACUUGGACCAUGUGCCGAUUACAAUUGCCAGAAUAAUGGAACUUGUGUUGUCACUCAAGAUGGAUUGCCAACUUGCCUAUGUCCAAGUGGGUUCAUUGGGUCAUCCUGUGAAGUCGACUUGUGCCGCGAUGUUCCUUGUCAAUUCGGAGGCGUAUGUCGCACAAACGGAGCAGAAGCAUUCUGUGAAUGUCGACCUGGCUUUACUGGAGUUUUAUGUGAAACUCCGGUUUGUGAAACCAAAUGCUCUAACGGCCAAUGUGUUGUUGAUGAAGGUGUACCGAAAUGCGAGUGUCGCCAAGGUUUCAUGGGAAUCAACUGUAACGUCAUAGAUGUUUGCUUGGGAGAUGCUGCCUGCGCUAUGUUCGGUGAUAAUGCGAAAUGUGUCGUUGACCCAACCAGCUACAAAAUCAACACUCCAACACUUAUCAAUGCUACCUACGACUGUAGAUGUCCUCAUCCUGCUAAUGGAGAAUUUGUUGACUGCUUGCAACUUCAUCUGGCUACCAUUUCUGGUUCAGCCAUGGUUGAGCCAACAUCAUCUCCAUCGUUCCCUGCUGUAGAGAUGCAGAGUUUACCUGGAUUUUUACCUACACAGACCACAACAAAGAAACGUGUUCUGGUGGAAGAUUCCACUGCUCUUCCUACUUUGGUACCUGAGAUAGAACCAAAUCCAACAUUUUCCAUCCAUCCUUCUUUCCCAGCAUCAUCGUUCGUGCCAGACUUCUCACCUACUUCGCAUAUCGUGUCUACAACUCCGUCUAUGGUGCCAACUAUCGCUAACACUGUUCAUGUUGCUCCUUCUACUUUCAUCUUCCCUAACUUCCCAGAGAGCACACCUCAGCCAGUUAUAGACCAUAAACCAACUCAUCCUCUGUUCCCUACCGGCCCAGCGCCGCAACCCACUUUUGAAACUAUAAAACCAGAUAUUGGAUUCCCAACUCCUGCUCCUAUGCCACAGGAAGAAGAAUUGGAAGAAGAGAACGAAUCUGUUCCACCAGUUGAACAAUCAACUGAAGUGAACAGUUUCAAUGCUCAUGUAACACCAGUACCUGAAGUUCAUCCCGAAACGAUGAGUACAAACACACCUAUUCCGGACACAACAACCGAAGAGGAGGAUACCACGGUGGCUGAAUACGAAGAAGAGAUUGAGUCCUCUGAAGGAACAACAGCAGAAAGCUUCACUACCAUGGAAUUGACCACCGAAUUCCUGACAGAGACACCUACUACUGAGGCAACAACCACAACGGAAGAACCCGAACCAGAGACAACAACGAUGGUAACCAUACCUUUAUGGCUACUGACAACGCAGACAACAAAACCGCCAGUUCCCUUCGUUCCCCACGUGGUGACAGAAUUUGUUCCACGACCAACGGAGAUGGUCCACACUGGAGUAUCCGAAGUUAGCGAAGAAAACAAUGUUUCGAACGAGAAUAUUUCGAACGAAACACAUGAGCUCGAAAAUGUUACUCGUAAUCCUACUUCCCCCGAUGUACAUCAACAAGAAGGAGGUUCGGAAAGACAAAAGAGUUCCGCAGCCAGCUGGAUUGUAGCAAUAGUAGCUUUAAUAGUCCUCGGAUUACUAUUAUUAGCAGCCAGUCUGUUUGUUCUUCGUUAUAUAAAACAAUCACGGAAACUUCACGGUAAAUAUAAUCCUGCUAGGGAAGAGCAUGCUCUCUCGGCUGCCUACAGCAUGCCUAUGUCGCAUAUGACUAAAGAAGAACGAUUGAUUUAA